AUGUCUCGCCCGGACGAGACAUUCCUCGCUGCUGCGGCCAUUCUUCGUGGGUUGGCCAAGGGCUCUACCACACAAACCUCACAUACCAAUGGCUUAAAACUUCCACCCUACAGCCUUCCCGGGGAAGACACGCCGUCCAAGGAUGAAUUCGAGGCGGAGAUCGCAGCCUUGGCUCGAAGGAUACACUACCUCGAGUCGCGAGCAGACGUUGUUGGCCGCUCUCUGCCAGAUACGCCAGGUGAAUUCCAAGGUCCCGCCUCACCUGGGUCGCGGCUCUCCGAACCUCGCGGCCCUCUUGGCGAGUCGUAUACUGACUCGACGGCAGCCGCGUCUGAACGACCCACCUUUGUUCCCCCCCAAUCCAAACGCUCUGCGCAAAUUCCCACCAGGGAACCGUUUGCUUCCGCGGCCACGGUGAGCGAGGAUGAUAUCAGUAUAUUGAAGGAGCACGUUGAGAAACAGGCCGAACAAAUCAGGAGUCAGCGUGAAACUAUUGCAGAGAUCAGCCGUGGUCUUCGCAAUUCUGAAGAGCAGGCAAAGCAAGCAUUUAUGCGGGUGGAGAACGAAGAUGUCUCGCUUCUAGAAAGAGAAUUACGCAAACAUCAACAAGCAAAUGAGGCGUUCCAAAAGGCGCUUCGUGAGAUCGGUGGCAUCAUAACUCAGGUCGCCAAUGGCGAUUUGUCCAAACGCGUUCAAAUUCAAGCAACUGAAAUGGACGAUGAAAUUGCUGCAUUCAAAGUAACCAUAAAUACCAUGAUGGAUCAAUUGGAAAUAUUCGGAAGCGAGGUGACUCGCGUCGCACGGGAGGUCGGCACCGAAGGGAUAUUGGGCGGUCAGGCCCAGAUAAGUGGAGUGCAUGGUAUCUGGAAAGAGUUGACCGACAACGUGAACAUCAUGGCCGCAAAUCUGACAGAUCAGGUCCGAGAAAUCACGACAGUCACAAAAGCUAUAGCACGUGGUGAUUUAAGCCAAAAGGUGCAGAGCCGCGCCAAAGGUGAGAUCUUUGAGUUGCAACAUACCAUCAAUACCAUGGUGGACCAACUGAGGACAUUCGCCACUGAGGUUACCAGGGUGGCCAGAGAUGUCGGCACGGAAGGCGUCCUGGGCGGUCAGGCUCAGAUUGAAGGGGUGCAGGGCACGUGGAACGAACUUACGAAAAGCGUAAACGCCAUGGCAGAUAACCUAACCACCCAAGUCCGAGAUAUCGCUACGGUCACAACGGCAGUGGCUAAGGGUGACCUUACUCGAAAAGUGACCGCAAAUUGCAAGGGCGAAAUCCUCCGGUUGAAGAUUACCAUCAAUAACAUGGUCGAUCAGCUCCAACAGUUUGCUCAGGAAGUGACCAAUCUUGCAAGAGAAGUCGGCACAAAUGGUGUCCUUGGUGGGCAAGCCACCGUCCAUGAUGUUGAAGGGACAUGGAGGGAUCUCACAGAAAACGUCAACGGCAUGGCCAUGAAUUUAACAACACAGGUGCGAGAGAUAGCCACGGUCACAACCUCGGUCGCCAACGGCGACCUGUCAAAGAAAGUCACCGCUGAUGUCCAAGGAGAAAUCCUGGAUCUCAAGGUUACGAUCAAUUCGAUGGUUGACAGGCUCAACACAUUUGCCUUUGAAGUCAGCAAAGUUGCGAGAGAAGUUGGUACCGACGGGACACUUGGCGGUCAGGCAAAGGUUGAUAACGUACAAGGGAAAUGGCGCGAUCUGACGGACAACGUCAACACUAUGGCUUCGAAUUUGACCAGCCAGGUACGAAGUAUUUCAGAAGUCACCCAAGCUAUUGCUGCCGGAAACUUGGACCGCAAAAUCGAAGUUGAAGCUCAGGGCGAGAUCCUUACGUUGAAAGUCACCAUCAACAAUAUGGUCGACCGGUUGGCCACAUUUGCACAUGAACUGAGGAGAGUUGCUCGGGACGUAGGUGUCAAUGGCAAAAUGGGCGGACAAGCCAAUGUUCACGACGUGAAUGGGCGGUGGAAAGAGAUCACUGAGGACGUCAACACCAUGGCCGAGAAUCUGACUGCCCAAGUGCGCGCGUUUGGAGAGAUCACGGAUGCCGCCACCGAAGGCGAUUUUUCCAAGUUGAUCAGUGUGGAAGCCUCGGGUGAAAUGGACGAACUGAAGCGAAAGAUCAAUCAGAUGAUUUCCAACCUGAGAGACAGCAUUCAGAGAAACACGGCAGCUCGAGAGGCAGCCGAACUAGCCAACAGAACCAAGUCUGAAUUUUUGGCCAACAUGUCUCAUGAGAUCCGGACUCCUAUGAACGGCAUCAUUGGCAUGACGCAGCUCACACUCGAUACCGACGACUUGAAGCCGCACUCGCGCGAAAUGCUCAACACCGUCCACAAUCUGGCCAACAGUCUGCUCACCAUCAUUGACGACAUUCUUGAUAUUUCCAAGAUCGAAGCGAACCGGAUGGCGAUCGAGGCUAUUCCGUACACCAUCAGAGGCACCGUCUUCAAUGCGUUGAAAUCACUAGCGGUCAAAGCGAAUGAGAAGACACUCUGUCUGGCUUUUGACGUCGACAACUCGGUCCCCGACUAUGUGGUCGGGGAUCCCUUCCGGCUGAGACAAAUUAUCCUCAACCUGGUUGGGAAUGCCAUCAAGUUCACCGAUCAGGGAGAGGUCAAGGUCACCAUCAAAAAGUCCAAAGAUCUCAUAUCUAACUGUGCCCCCGACGAAUUUCCUUUCGAAUUUGUUGUCUCUGACACUGGCAUCGGUAUACAGUCUGAUAAGCUGGACCUUAUCUUCGACACAUUCCAACAGGCAGAUGGCUCGACGACGAGAAAGUUUGGUGGUACGGGGCUGGGUUUGUCCAUCUCCAAACGCCUCGUAAACCUGAUGGGCGGUCAAGUCUGGGUUACCUCGGAUUUUGGCCACGGAAGCGAGUUUCAUUUCUCUUGCAUUGUCAAAUUUGCAACUGAAGACAUCAGCGUCAUCAGUUCGCAGCUGUACCCUUUCCGCAAGCAUAAGGUUCUUGUCGUAGACAAGGGCACGUCGGCGUUUUUCAAGAAAGUCCCAGUGAUGAUUGAAGAGCUCGGCCUGCACGUCUCUGUCGUGCAGGACGAGCUCAACAUACCUGAUCCGCUGUAUGAGAAGAAGGCCAGAUCUGUCGACGGGUACGACGUGAUUGUCAUUGAUCGGGUCGAAACGGCUUACAAGCUGAGAGAGUUCGACAAGUUCAAGUACAUACCCAUGGUGCUACUGAACUCGACCGUGUCCAUCAACCUGAAGACCGUCUUGGAUCUGGGCAUUGCAUCCUACAUGACGACUCCAUGCCAACUAAUCGACCUCGGCAAUUGCAUGAUUCCAGCACUGGAAGGCAGAUCCACCCCUAUCAUCAAAGACUACAAAAAAUCAUUCAAUGUCUUGUUGGCUGAAGACAAUGAAGUUAACCAGAAAGUAGCCAUCAAGAUCCUAGAGAAAUACAACCACGUAGUGACGGUCGUCAGCAACGGCCUGGAAGCGGUCAAUGCUGUCAAGGAGAAUCGCUUCGAUGUCGUCCUGAUGGAUGUCCAGAUGCCUGUCAUGGGAGGAUUCGAGGCUACCCGCGAGAUCCGGCAGUUUGAAAAAGAGAUGCACCUGCCACGAACGCCCAUCGUGGCCUUGACUGCACAUGCUAUGCUGGGAGACCGCGAAAAAUGCAUCCAGGCUCAGAUGGAUGAGUACCUCUCCAAGCCGCUGAAGCAAAACUUGCUGAUGCAAACCAUCCUGCGUGUGGCUUCAGAUCGGGUGACCGACAUGUUCAACAAACAUGCGCGAACAAAGUCAACCGCGACCAGUGAGACGAAUCAAGCUUCUCAGCAAGCAGCAGCUUCCGCGAGGAAGGCCGAAGCGGCAUCAUCGAACUCUCUGAGACCUGCCUUCACUGAAAGGUCUUUCACGACCUCUGGGCCUGUCAGUCAUGGCAGUGCUGCGAGCCCAUCGACAGCCACAGACGGUGAUCCUGAUCCGAUUGCGGUUGCUAAUAGUGUACGUUCAAUAUCAUGGUCUAGCUGA